CUAUUGAUUAGUUGUUUUCUUACAAAACGGCAAAUUAUUAUAAUAAGUCUACUCUGACUCUCUUAUAAACAACCAACAGCCCUUCUCUCUCUCUCUCUCUGUUACUCAUUUUCCCACUAUGUAAAAAGAUCAAAAUCCCUUCACAAUCGCCUCUACCCAAAACACAUACAUAUUUUUGAACCAUAAAAUACAUACAUAUUGAUACUUAGGUUAUUGUACAGUCAUAGAUGGCUAUCUCUCGUUUAUUUCAGUUCGUUUUGGUCCACAUUGUGCUGUUUUCCAGUUUCUGUUUUGCAGCAGACCCAACUGUGAACUAUGAAAUGAGACUUUCUUAUGCUACUGCCUCUCCUCUUGGUGUUCCUCAGCAGGUUAUAGCGGUUAAUGGAAAGUUUCCUGGUCCUCUAAUCAAUUCUACUACAAACUACAAUGUAAUUGUUAAUGUCCAUAAUGAUUUGGAUGAAAAUCUCCUAAUGACUUGGCCUGGUAUCCAAAUGCGGCGUAAUUCAUGGCAAGAUGGUGUUCGUGGCACUAAUUGUCCCAUUCCUCCCAAAAGGAAUUUCACUUAUAACUUCCAAGUAAAGGAUCAGAUUGGGAGCUUUUUCUACUUCCCCUCCCUGAAUCUUCAACGAGCAUCCGGCGGCUUUGGUCCCUUUAUUAUCAAUAAUCGAGCUAUUAUCUCAAUUCCAUUUGCCCAGCCAGAUGGGGAAAUUAUCCUUAUGAUUGGUGAUUGGUAUACCAAAAACCAUACGGCAUUGAGGACUACCCUUGACUCCGGAAAAGAACUAGAAAUGCCAGAUGGAGUUUUAAUUAAUGGGAAGGGUCCUUUCAGAUACAACACAACACUUGUGCCUGAUGGUAUUGAAUAUGAAAGUAUUCAAGUGGAUCCAGGCAAAACUUAUCGACUUCGUGUGCACAAUGUUGGGACUUCAACUAGUUUGAACUUCAGAAUUCAGGGUCACAAUCUACUUCUUGUGGAAACAGAAGGGCAUUAUACAUCCCAACAAAAUUUUAGUAGCUUUGAUAUUCAUGUGGGCCAGUCCUAUUCCUUUUUGGUUACCAUGGAUCAGAAUGCAACUUCUGAUUACUAUAUAGUGGCUAGUGCUCGGUUUGUUAAUGAAUCAGUUUGGCAAAAGGUUACUGGUGUUGCAAUUUUGCACUAUUCCAAUUCCAAAGGACCAGCAUCUGGUCCACUUCCAGAUGCACCUAGUGAUGUUUAUAACCAGUGGUCCGCAAUGGCUCAGCCAAGAGCCAUCAGGCAAAAUACAACUGCAAGUGGAGCUCGCCCAAAUCCCCAGGGAUCUUUUCAUUAUGGUCAGAUCAACAUUACUGAUACAUAUGUGUUGAGGAGCUUGCCACCAGUUACAAUUGAUGGAAAACUGCGUGCAACAGUAAACGGGAUUUCAUUUGUCAAUCCUGAUACACCAAUCAGGCUCGCUGACCUGCACAAGGUGAAGGGUGUUUACAAGCUCGAUUUCCCCAAUAAGCCACUUGAUAGGUCUCCUCGGAUGGACAUAUCUGUCCUUAAUGCUACAUACAAGGGGUUUAUCCAGGUCAUAUUGCAGAACAAUGAUACCAAAAUGCUGAGCUUUCACAUGGAUGGUUAUUCAUUUUUUGUGGUUGGGAUGGACUGGGGAAUUUGGACUGAGGACAAAAAAGGUUCAUAUAAUAACUGGGAUGCCAUUUCUCGCUCCACAGUAGAGGUUUACCCUGGGGGAUGGACUGCAGUCCUCGUCUCCUUGGACAAUGUUGGAGUGUGGAAUCUCAGAGUAGAAAACCUAGAUAGAUGGUAUCUAGGGCAUGAAACAUACAUGAGAAUCAUCAAUCCUGAGGAAAAUGGGGAAACAGAGAUGGCUCCACCUGAGAAUGUUAGAUACUGCGGCGCCCUUCAAAGCUUGCAGAAGGAUUCAAGUCACUCCUCUGCUGCAUCUAUUCUCAUUGACAAACCAAAGCUAAUGUUUAUCUCUCUGCUGAUGGCUCUCUGUGCUUCACUUUUCAAUUUCAUCUAAACCUUUCUGCUGGUUGGGUAGGAGUUAACUAUUUUAGACGGUUGUUGCUUGCAUUGGCUAGUUAUAGAUAUAACUUUUACCUGAUGGGGAUGCUUCAUACUUGUGUUGCAUAGUUUCGCAACUUGAUUCUUGUUAGUAGAAAAACUUCAGGGCGUUGACGACAUUCAAUUUGUUUUUUUUUUUUUUCUUUUCUUUUCUUUCAUUUUUAUUUAGAAAAAUGAGUAUGGGGUGCUCAUUGGGGAUAUCCAAAAUUUUUUUAAAAUUUUUAUUAAUGUAUCUCUAAGCUACAAAAUGAUGAUGAACCCGUGUCUUUCGGUACAACCUGAGUUCUUACAUACAUUAAUUUUGUAUAAACAUCUUUGAUCAGUGAAGGCUCUAGUCUGUUGAGUAA